CAUCCAGUCCUCAUUUUUAUUUUUUUGUUUUUCAUACAACCAAAUACCUUGUGUACAUCUGCAUAUCAUUUUUCCAUCUUGGACAAUCCUCAUCGUCCUAUUUUGUUUUAUUCCCACCUUGGACAAUCCUCAUCGUCCUGACUUUCUUCUUCUUUUUCUUUCUUCUCAUUUUCCUAUCCCGCUUCAACACUUUUUUUUUCUUUAUUCUGCCACGACCUCGCCAUAAACACAGUGACCAAUCAAUCCCAUCAUAUCAAGCAGCAAUUGAAUCAUUCGCCCGCAAGCGAACUCAAGAAGUUAUGAACAUCUCCCACCUUCUCAACCCCCUCGGAUCCGACUCGGAGCAAGACGUCCUUGAUCUUCAGCAAUCCGACUCUCCUUCCCCUGAUCGCAAGAGGCCGUCUCAUUCUGACACGACUACUCUAUAUUCACAUCCACAUCCACAUCCACGACCAUCGGAUUCUAGGAAACAUGCCAACCCAGAGUCGGUCGAGCAUCUCGAGACUGCAACGUCAAUGAAGGCUGAGCACUACCGAAACAACAACACCAACAACAAUAUUAAUAGCGUCCAUGGCAACGACAGCAGCACAUAUGGUCAAGCAUGUCUCAACAAGUAUCAAAAGGAUGCCUCGACCCAUCCAUUCGCCUCGCACCCUGAUCAGGACUAUAACACCCAUGCAUUAUGGAACACAAACCAGCCCCCCACCCCAGGCGAAGAGCCCUCGAACGUUGGUGUCAAAUUGUCGCCGAGUGACGAACGGGAGCGAGCGCCGGCACCAGGAUACAGGCGAAAAUAUGUCCGAAAAUCAACAGCAGCAACGCAGCUGGAGUCUGAUGAAGUCGAGAGUGCUAUUAGUAGUAGCAGUGGUAGUGGUGCCAGUAUCGGAGGUACUGUAUACAGGAAUCCCCCUGACCCCCCCGUGUCCGUGCCCACGCCCCUGUCCCUGAAGCAGGAACAUCCCACGCCAAAAUCGCCUGAUGAUCAGCAUCAACAGCAGCAACGGAAGGAUUCAGCAACAACAAUAGAAACAACAACAACAACCACAACAAUAACAACAACAACAAACAACAGCAGCAAUGCCAAUAUUAGCAACAGCAAUGGCAGUAGUAGUGGCAGCAUCAACGACAAAGAUAGCGGCAAUGAGACGACACCCAAGUUUCAGCGGAAUGCAGACGGAAAGUACCGCUGUACAUGGCCCCGCUGUGGAAAAGAGUUCACGAUGGAAUCGCGUUUGUCGACUCACUACAGGAUCCAUUCGGGUAAACCUCCAUAUCCUUGUGGUUACCCAGGCUGCAACAAGGCUUUUCACACUUCGUCGUCCCUGUCGCAUCAUCGAGUCGUUCAUACCGACCAUGGCCUGCGGCCGUACGUGUGUCGCCAUGACCGAUGCGGCGCAACAUAUACCCAACUUGCGCGUCUGAUUACACACCAGCGCACCACUCACAGCGGUAUAGCCCCGUUUAUCUCUCAGGAGCAGGAGCAGGAGCAGGAGCAGAGGCAGGGACAGGAGCACGAGUAUGCGGCAACGGCCUCCCUCUCCCUCUCUGGUCUCCCUCCUUCCUCCGAUCUUGUUUCUUCUGAUGAUGCCGAUUCUGCAGUCCAGUCCACUGAAUCCAGAGCCUUUCCCGUCUCUGUAGGCGCCUCUAUCCAAGUCUCAUACGAGCCCCUGACGAAUGGGACAGCAGCAGCAAGCACGACUACGACGAACAGGAACAGGACUCAGCACCAUCGAUUCCAACCUCCUAUGACACGUCCGACGCAUCAGGAUCAAGACCAAGAGCGAAGACAUCAUGACCAAGAAGACAGCGAAGAUAUGCAACAGCGACAGGAAGCAGCCAUGACCAUGGCCAGUCUGCGUGAACUGGCCACUGCUCAGAAUCGCAGGUAUUCCGUGUCGUCUAAAGAUCCCUCUCCACGCCAGCGCAGUCCGCCAUCCUUUCGUCAGCAGGAUCAACACUAUUAUCAGCGCCGGCAUCAGCACCAGCACCAGUCACAGCAGUCGCAUUAUCAACAACACCAGCAUCAACACCAGCAUCAACACCAGCAACCACAAUCGCAAUUACAGCAGGCACGACAGCACCAUUCACAUUUACACGCACAACCACUGCAGCACCGCUACCAGGACUAUGAGGAUUACCAGGACUAUGAGGACUACCGGGACUAUAACGAUUACCGUCAUCAACAACAACCACAGCAGCUGCCACAGCACCAUGGCUCAAGAAGCGACGACUAUGAUGACACGCAUCAUCCUCCAUAUCGGCAAGGUCGUCCAUGAAGUCCAAAUCAGCACGGAUUUGAUCACAAAUACUCGUCUAAGACAAAUCCUCACUAAAGACAGCGACAAUUUCAUCAAUAGAGUCCUCGCCAAAAAGUCGCAUCGCAUAUAUUUUUAAAGUAUCGAAAUUCGAUUCAGUAGCCCAUGAGCUGCACGUGCCCUUCUGUUCAUGUACGAAAAGACUGAUCAUGGACCAUACCCAUUUACCCAAGUGAGCGCGCGAGAAUUAAGGGUUGUACGCGAAACCUUUUUUUUAAAAGGGAAAGUUACUCUAGUCAAUUCAUUCAAAUC